UUGCGGAUUUUUAGUUUCUCGACUAUUUCUGCUGCUGGUGACCAUGCAGCAAAACCUCACUAUCAUCCUGAUGGAGAAGAAGGCGAACGACUGGUCACCGCUGACCAGGUCUAUCUGUUGGAUUCCGGUGCACAUUAUAGGGACGGUACAACUGAUGUCACUCGCACCGUUUGGAUCUCAUCGAAAUCACCGGUACCUGAAGAAUUUAUUCAACAUAAUACGCUUGUUCUAAAAGGACACAUCAAUUUGGCAAACACCGUCUUCCCACAAGCGCUCAUAGGUAUUCGGUUAGACACUUUGUCACGGCAUGCAAUGUGGCAGGUUGGAUUAGAUUUCGGUCAUGGUACUGGUCACGGAGUGGGACAUUUCCUUAACGUACACGAGGGACCCGCCUCAAUUGGCCAUCGAACAGCAUGCUAUGGUAGUGACGCGUGGAUUCGAGAAGGCAUGAUAUUGACGAUAGAGCCUGGGUACUACCUCGAAGGGAAAUGGGGUAUCCGAAUAGAAAACUGCUAUGAGGUGAGUUGUUUUGAUUAUUACUACAGUAGGGCUCGCAGCAUCGGGAUUGUGUCUUGA